AUGGGAUUGCUGCCGCAGGUGGGCGGUGAUGUAUUUGCAGAUGAGGCGUGGGUGUCUGGUGCAGGUGAUGCUGAAACCCGGUAUGUGCGGAAUAGAUUCGGGUUGCCGGGAGUGGAUGAAAUGUUGAGCGCGGAAGGCGUUGUUGGCGCGGAGGUGUUGUUGCAGAAGCAGCGGGAGGAGGAGGGUGGCGCUGGUGUUGAAGUGUUGGGGAAUCGGGGACAGGGGAGAGGGGAGAGGGGAAAUGGAUCUGGGAGGUUGGAUGGGCUUGGGAAGAGUGCGGGGGUUAAGAAGACGACAAAUUGGAAUAAGCCUUUCAUUAAUGGGGUUUCUGGGACGCCGAGGGCGGAGGCGAGUUUGCGUGCGGUUGUUGGUGCUGGUGGGGGUGCUGGUCUUCGAACUGGAGCUUAUGCUUCAAGAGCCAACGGGGCCAGCAUAUCGAGUGGGAACACUGGACGUGUGGGCAUGGGCAUCGUGGGACUAGGAGCCAGAGUCCGGAAGAGAUAUGAUGAUCGGCCUUUUCCCAGCCAGCGGGAGGUUUGA